AUGGCCUUGUCCGCUCUGGGGCUGUGGCCGCUGCUCCUGGGCCUGCUGGACCCUCUCUCCCGCUCCUGCUGCAGAGUCUCUGGCCCUGGUGAGGGGCGGAAACCGCUGCGAGGGUCUCCUGCAGGUGCAGUCCGGGGGGCAGCAGGGCCUGGUGUGCGGGGACCACUGGGCCUGCGGGAGGCAUCUGUGAUUUGCAGGCAGCUGGGCUGCGGUCACGCCCUCUAUGUCCCCACGUAUGUGGUGUGGCCCCCGGAGGCCCAGAAUUCCCUGCUGCGGGGCGUGCAGUGCCGGGUUGUGGAGGCCUCGCUCUGGGAGUGCUCCUGGGGGGAGUGGGGUCGCUGCACAGCUGCGAGUGUGAAUGCAUCGGCGCAGUCCACUGCUCAGCGUCUGCCCCCAGGACACACCGAGGCCCGGCUGGUGGGCGGCGGGCACCCCUGCGCCGGGCGCCUGGAGGUGCGGCGGGGCCUGACCUGGGGCGCCGUGUGCGACGCGGACCUGGACCCGGCCACGGCCCACGUGGUGUGCCGGGAGCUGCAGUGCGGGGCGGCGGUGUCCACACCCGGGGGCGCGCGCUUCGGCCGGGGCUCGGGGCCGGUGUGGACGGAAGCCUUCCGCUGCGCGGGCAACGAGUCGCUGCUGUUCCACUGCCCGCGGGCGCGCGGGAGCCGGUGUGGACCCGGCCGCCACGCGGGGCUCCGGUGCGCGGGGGAAAAGUUCAGGCUGGUCAACGGCAGCAGCAGCUGUGAGGGCCGCGUGGAGCUCCAGGUGCAGGGGUCCUGGGCGCCCCUCUGUGCCACCCACUGGGACAUAGCAGACGCCACCGUCCUCUGCCACCAGCUCAACUGUGGCAACGCGGUGGCCGCACCUCGAGGAGGCCAUUUUGGGGGCGGGGACGCAGCCAUCUGGCCUGAGGCGUUUCACUGUGAGGGGACAGAGUCCUACUUGUGGAAUUGCCCAGUAAGCACCCUGGGGGCCCCGGCCUGUGCCCCGGGAAACUCGGCCUCCGCAGUGUGCUCAGGUUUCCCCCAUGCGCUGCGGCUGCGGGAAGGACAGAGCCGCUGUGACGGCCGCGUGGAGGUCUCCCUGGACGGCGUGUGGGGCCGCGUCCUGGAUGACGCCUGGGACCUGCGCGGCGCGGGCGUGGUGUGCCGGCAGCUGGGGUUCGGAGGGGCCCAGCGAUCCUACGACGCGCCCGCCCCCAGCCGCGGGUCCAUCCAGGUGGCGCUGAGCUGCGCGCGCUGUCUGGGCACCGAGACCCGCCUGACCCGGUGCAACGUGUCCGCGACGCUGCGGGAGCCCGCGGGGACCUCGCGGGACGCUGGCGUGGUGUGCUCGGGAGGGCGGAACCGCGUCCCGCGUGGGCAGUGGGGCACCGUGUGUGACGACGCCUGGGACCUGCGGGACGCGCACGUGGUCUGCAGGCAGCUGGGCUGCGGUCGCGCCCUGAGCGCCCCGGGGACCGCGCACUUUGGAGCCGGGGCGGGGCGCAUCUGGCUGGACGAGCUGCGCUGCCAGGGCCACGAGUCUGCGCUGUGGCAGUGCCCGUCUGCAGGCUGGGGCCGGCACGACUGCAGGCACAAGGAGGACGCCGGAGUCUUCUGCUCAGAGUUCACGGAUGUGAGGCUGCAGAGCCACAGGCAGCCAUGCGCAGGACGGCUGGAAGUUUUCUACAAUGGGACCUGGGGUGAUGUCUGCCGCACCCUGAGUGUGGCCUCCCUGCGGGUCCUGUGUGGGCAGCUGGGCUGUGGGUCUCACGGGCAGCUGCAGGCUGCGGCAGGGAGCCAGUCUGCCACUGAGUUUCUCUGGGUGGCCUCCAUCCAGUGCAGGGACAGACAUGACCAGUCCCUGUGGCAGUGCCCGUCAGCUCCCUGGGACCAGCAUUCAUGCUCCAGUGGAGAGGAAGCCUGGGUCCUGUGCAUGGAAAAGGCAGGAGAAGUUCCUCAGGACCCUGGGGAGACCGUCAACUGCUCCUCCUCGCUCAGCUGCCCAGAGGAGGGCGCAGUGCGUUUGCGCGGGGGCCAGGCCCGCUGCUCCGGGCGCGUGGAGCUCUGGCACGCGGGCUCCUGGGGCACCUUGUGCGACGACGCCUGGGACCUGGCGGACGCGGAGGUGGUGUGCCGCCAGCUGGGCUGUGGUCCCGCCGUCGCCGCCCUGGCGGCCGCCGCCUUUGGCCCUGGCUCCGGGCCGGUGUGGCUGGACGAGGUGGGGUGCCGGGGCAGCGAGGGGUCCCUGCGGGGCUGCGCUGCGGAGCGGUGGGGACGCGGAGACUGCGCGCACAAGGAGGAUGCGGGCGUGCGCUGCUUGGGUUGUGGCAUGUCAGGGCACCUGUCCUCAGAGGGUAUCUAUGAGGACAUCGGAGCCUUCCCCAUGGGGCAGAAAGACGAGGAACCUGCAGCGUCUGGGGACCUGGGCCUGGAGGAGAACUAUGACGAUGCCGGAGAGCCUGAGGAUGGCGCUGAGGAGGAGACAGAGGAGGCCGGGGUGCUGCUGAGCCCUGCAGGUGUGCACCUCUGCGCCCUGGCGUCCAUGGUGGUCUGCCUCCUGUACUGCUCCUAUGCAGAGGGCUCUGCUCUGGCCAGCGCCUACAUUUAA